AUGAAGCUUUCAACGUCAGGGUUGAGUCAGCAGGGUCAAGAAGGAGAGAAGAAAUGUUUGAAUUCAGAGCUGUGGCAUGCCUGCGCUGGACCACUUGUGUCCCUACCCACAGUGGGAAGCCGUGUGGUCUACUUUCCUCAGGGACACAGUGAGCAGGUGGUUGCCACUACUAACAAGGAAGUUGAUGGGCACAUUCCAAAUUAUCCUAGCCUGCCUGCACAGUUGAUAUGCCAGCUGCACAAUGUUACCAUGCAUGCAGAUGUGGAAACAGAUGAAGUGUAUGCCCAGAUGACAUUGCAGCCUUUGACUCCGGAAGAACAGAAGGAUACUUUUCUUCCCAUGGAGUUGGGUAUGCCUAGUAAGCAGCCUACCAAUUAUUUCUGUAAGACAUUGACAGCUAGUGAUACUAGUACACAUGGUGGAUUCUCUGUCCCUCGACGUGCUGCCGAGAAAGUCUUCCCACCACUGGAUUUCUCACAACAGCCGCCCGCUCAAGAGCUCAUUGCAAGGGAUCUUCAUGAUGUAGAAUGGAAAUUCAGGCAUAUCUUUCGAGGACAGCCAAAACGUCAUCUACUUACAACAGGGUGGAGCGUGUUCGUCAGUGCAAAAAGACUUGUGGCAGGGGACUCGGUGCUCUUUAUCUGGAACGAGAAAAAUCAGCUUCUUCUUGGAAUUCGCCGGGCUACUCGGCCACAAACUGUGAUGCCUUCAUCAGUGCUUUCCAGUGAUAGCAUGCAUAUUGGACUUCUUGCUGCCGCUGCUCAUGCUGCAGCAACUAAUAGCUGUUUUACAGUUUUCUACAACCCAAGGGCUAGUCCAUGUGAGUUUGUAAUACCCCUUUCCAAAUAUGUGAAAGCUGUCUAUCACACACGUGUUUCUGUUGGGAUGCGGUUUCGGAUGCUUUUUGAGACUGAAGAAUCAAGUGUCCGUAGGUACAUGGGAACCAUAACAGGCAUAAGCGAUCUGGACCCUGUUCGUUGGCCUAAUUCUCAUUGGCGAUCUGUGAAGGUUGGUUGGGAUGAGUCAACAGCAGGUGAAAGGCAGCCUAGGGUGUCAUUAUGGGAAAUAGAGCCUUUGACCACUUUCCCAAUGUAUCCAUCCCUAUUCCCCUUCAGAUUGAAACGACCUUGGCAUCCAGGAUCCUCAUCUUUUCCUGACUCGAGAGAUGAAAAUGUUAACAGCCUAAUGUGGAUGAGAGGUGGUACCGGGGAUGGUCUUCCUCCUAUGAAUUUUCAACCUGUCAACAUGUUGCCCUGGAUGCAGCAGAGGGUGGAUCCAUCAUUGCUUAGGACUGAUCAGAAUCAGUGGUACCAGGCAAUGCUGGCAGCAAGUUUGAAUGGCACAGGAAAUGGAGAUCCCAUGAGGCAACAAUUCCUGCAGUUUCAGCAGCAGCCUCCUAUGCAGCAGUAUCAGCAGCAUUCAGGCAAUAACUACCACCCUAUGUUGCACCUACAACAGCAACAAGCGAACCAACAGUCAGUCUCUCCUAAUAUUCUUGGUGCGCACAAUCCAGUCUCAAGUGAUGGCUUGCCCCAGCAUCUCCUACAGCAACAGCAGCUCGGCAAUCAACCAGACAAUCAGUCCCAGCAGCAAGAGCCUAGUUACCAAGAUCCGCUUCAAAUUCAAAAUGACCAGCUUCACAGAGGGCAGUCAAGUGUGCAUUCUCCGUCCUUCUCCAAGACAGACUUAAUUGACCCGAGCACCAAAUUCCUGGGAUCUACAAGUACUAUACAGAACAUGUUGGGUUCUCUGGGUCCUGAAGGUAGUGGCAACCUUUUGGACUUGACCAGAAUUGGUCAGUCGUCUAUGACUGAACAGCUUAACCAAGAACCCUGGGUUCCGAAAUACACACAGGCACAAGUGAAUGCCUUUACAGGUUCAAUGUCCCACCCAAACCUCUAUCCAGCUGACAAAGAUUCUGCACCGAAACUGGGAAAUGGUAGCAUCGAGGCCCAGAGUCCAAACAACUUUGGAAUGAACAUUGAAUCUUCUGGACUCCUCCUGCCCACCACUGUACCUAGAGUUGCAACGGCAUCUUUGAGCGAUCCUGAUGUGUCAUCAAUGCCUUUAAGCGAGGCUGGGUUUCAGAAUUCUCUUUAUUGUCAACAAGAUUCUUCCGACUUCUUACCUGGUACAGGGCCGGUUGAGUCACUAAAUGGAGGGCCAACAUUUGUCAAGGUUUAUAAGUCCGGGUCGGUUGGGCGGUCAUUGGACAUCUCCCGGUUCAGCAACUAUCAUGAGCUGCGGGAGGAACUGGCACAGAUGUUUGGAAUCGAGGGGAAAUUGGAAAACCCUCAUAGAUCAGGCUGGCAGCUUGUAUUCGUCGACAAGGAGAAUGAUGUUCUUCUCCUUGGAGACGGUCCGUGGGACGCAUUUGUAAACAACGUGUGGUAUAUCAAGAUACUGUCACCAGAGGAUGUAGUGAAGAUGGGGCAGCAAGGGGUCGAGUCGUUCAGCCCCAAUCCAAGCCAGAGAAGCAUCAGCGGUGGGCCUCCAGACCUGGCCUCUGGCUCGUUUGGAUACUGA